AUGAAUAAUUAAACUCAAGGAGACACUGCAAUGUCUCGUUUUGAUUUAUGUAUAUAUUUAUUUAUAUUUAGUUAUAUAAUCAUUUAAGUAAUGGAUGUUAACAAUAAUAAAUGAAGCUUCAAUUGGUUUAUAUUAAAUUUAAUGUCAUUUAAAGGAUUCAAUUCUUCAUUUUAGAAGAGUUAAAGAAGAUGAGGAAAAGUUAGCAAAGAAAAUAUCAAUAAUAAAUACAUAAUAAUAAAAUACAAUUACUGAAUUAAAAGAAAUAGGUAAUUUGAAUAAAUAAUGGGCUCCUAAAAUGUAAAGACUUCUUGAUUAAUUAUAAAAUAAUCAAAAAUAUUGA